CGUGUUUUGUUGCGUGUCUCUCGACUUUUGCAGUAUAAACAGGAAGAGCAUUGGUUACGUUGACUGUGAGCAGUUGUAACUGAUCAUGGGAAAGAGUUGUAAGGUGGUGGUGUGCGGCCAAGGAACAGUGGGAAAAACUGCUGUUCUGGAGCAGUUACUGUAUGCCAACCAUGUUGUAGGUUCUGAAACCAUGGAGACACUGGAGGACAUUUACAUAGGGUCUGUGGAGACGGACCGUGGCACUCGAGAACAGGUGCGGUUUUAUGACACUCGAGGGCUGCGUGACGGUCAAGAGUUCCCGCGGCACUACUUCAGUUUUGCAGACGGAUUUGUGCUUGUCUACAGCAUUGACAGCAAAGAAUCCUUCAAACGCAUGGAGGCCUUGAAGAAAGAGAUCGACCGCUGCCGUGAUAAAAAGGAGGUGACUAUUGUUGUUCUGGGUAAUAAGUUGGACCUAGAGAACCAGAGGAGAGUGGACAGUGAGGCGGCCCAGCACUGGGCACGGCAGGAGAAGGUCAGGCUGUGGGAAGUGUCAGUUAUAGACAGACGAACCCUUAUUGAACCCUUUGUUCAUUUGGCAAGUAAAAUGACCCAACCUCAGAGCAAAUCCACCUUUCCUCUCAGCCGUAACAAAAACAAGGGUAGUGGCUCCCUGGACAGCUAAACAGCCACUCCGCUCCGAAAUACAGAGGAGUUGGGAGAAAAGCAUAUUAGAUGGAGAUUUGUGAUUUCUAAACAGAAAAAUAUACAUAAAAGAAAAAAUUUGUUUUGCAACUUGGAGUUGCAUAUUAAAUGUAAGAUAUACAUGUUCAGGACAAUGUAUGAAGUUACUGCAUUUUAUUUUCCCUUAUUAACCUCAAUAUACUUAAAAUUAAAGAUAUGAAUAUACAGUACCCUCCAUAAGUAUUGGGACAAUAAAGGUAAAAUUGCUCUGUUUGUUGUGAUGUCUAAACAUUAAAAGGUGAAUAUGAGACAAAAGUACAGAAUGUCAUAUUUUAUUUUUCACCUGUUUCAACAUAUAUAAUUUACCAACUUAGUGGAACAACACGUUUGCAUUUUAAUUCUUAUAUCUAAUAUGAUCGCAUUGAGACAAUUGUCUCACAAAUGUUAAGAGAUGAUGAUGCAUUUAUUGUUUACACAUCAAAAGCAAACUAAGUCUUGUUGUUGUUCUUGUUUUUUGUUGGUAACGCAUUUAUGUGUUGAAACAUAAUCAAAUGCUAAUAAAAUGUAACAUUCUUUACGACAAAUCUCUUGUUCCCACAGCAAACAGAGGGCACUGUUACAUAUAUCUUGUUUUAUAAUCGUAUACCACACUGAAAUGUAUACCUCUACAUUGCAAAGUUACAUAGCUGUUACUUUAUGUAAAAAGCAGGAAGGGUCAUUGAAUUCAUUACAGAUGUAAAUGUUGACUGCUACUCUUAGGUCUUAAUUAAUACAAAAUGUGAGUUUUUCUUGGAGUUUAUAUAUUGAUUUUUUGCUUGGACAAACACAUUCCUAUUAAACAGUUAUUACUGUUUGAUUCCUCAAGAACUUUUUUUCUAUGCGCAAAAUAGUUUCAUGAAUGUGUUUGAAUGUGUAAGGACUUGAAAAUCAAAGAGUUGAAGUUUCACCACUGUGCCAUUGAACUGUUUGCCCUCAUGACACUGCAUUUAAGUGUAUAUAUUUAUAAAGCUAGUCGUGACAUUGUAAAAUUAUUGCUAUUUUAAGGCUAACUGCACAAAAUAGAUGUGUUGGUGUAUGAAUAUGAAGGCUAUUUUAAUGAUAAAAACUGCUGUUUGUUUGUGAAUUAGCUUUUAUAAAAUCGUUUACUUAUUAAAUGUAAAUGAUCAUUAUUCCAGUUGAAGUUACACUGUCUGUUAUUUCUCUUUGUGAUUAAUGUAGAGUUUUACUUUAAAUAUUCAGCUGAAAUUGGUUGGGACUAAAUUGCUUCAAUGUUUAUUUUCUCUUUUAGUCCAGGCAAAAUAGCGUUUUACGACAGACUAAUUGUAAAAGAAUUUUUUUCAGCACAGAUCAUUUCUAUGAGGUGUCCAGAACAACAUACUAAAAGUCCUUAGAAAUCCUAGUUGAGGAAAUAUGUUAAUUUCUCAUUAAUCCGAAAUGUGUGCCAAUAAGGCCAGACUACAAUACACCCCAAUGGGGCUAUUUUU